CUUCCAAACCUCCAUCACAGUUGAUCCUCGCGCUCAACAGGAAUCAUGGCUCGAACGAAGCAGACUGCUCGUAAAUCCACUGGUGGCAAAGCGCCCCGAAAACAAUUGGCCACCAAGGCUGCCCGCAAAUCGGCCCCGGCCACCGGCGGUGUGAAGAAGCCGCAUCGUUAUCGUCCCGGAACCGUGGCUCUGCGUGAGAUCCGUCGCUACCAAAAGUCCACGGAAUUGCUCAUCCGCAAGCUGCCCUUCCAACGUCUGGUGCGUGAGAUUGCCCAGGACUUCAAGACCGACUUGCGCUUCCAGUCGAGCGCCGUCAUGGCUCUGCAAGAGGCCUCCGAGGCCUACUUGGUGGGUCUCUUUGAGGACACCAACUUGUGCGCUAUCCACGCCAAACGCGUCACCAUCAUGCCCAAGGACAUCCAACUCGCCCGCCGCAUCCGUGGUGAGCGUGCCUAAGCUAGUGCCAAACCCACCGGACUUGAAACCGACUAAAGUACCCAACGGCCUUUUUAAAGGCCAACACACCAAGCAUUGGAAGAUUGGAAGCAGUGUUGAUCAUCAUUGUGGAAUCUUUUGACUUCGAACAUGAAUUAAUAGAAGUGUGGCUGCA